CGCAUUCGGCCCCCUCCCCCCGCCCUUUACCAAGGAAGCAGCUUAAGAAAAGCAAACGAACAGGGAGACUAUGUCUUUCUAAGUUGGUGUGUUUUUCACGUGGUGGUCAAGAUGAUGUCUUGAAGAUCGGUUUCAGCUCUCCGUCCGUACUCAACAUGAAUAUGGACUAGAGAUGAUAGCAACACGUUUGAAAAAACAAACGGAACGUUAGAAAUGAUGGCGACGUAGCACGGAGUUAGAAGGAUGGUUCCCCGGACUGAAGAAUUGAAGACAAGAGAAGAAGAAGCAACGAAGAAGAAGUGAAAAACAAGAUACCAAGUAGUAACAACAAGAAGACAAGAAGACUGGCACCCAUGCUACACGAUUCGGAAGCAUCGACGGCGUGGCUUCGCAUGGCCGACCCUGUAAACUGGAAUGACUGGACGUCGACGUUGGACAAACCAAGUUUGUUGAGCGCUGGCGCCGUCAAGACGGUGGAGCUCGUGGGGAAGGUCGACGAUGGCAAGCUGGCUCACGAUGUGGACGACCUAGCGGCGAUCUUUGAGGGCCUCGUAGAUGGAGCCGAUAUUACGCUCCCCUGCGACGACCUUGAGGAGACUUCUGUUAGUGAAGACGCGAGUGCAGCCUGGAUUGACGGUCUAGAGGACGACGUGGUGAACGUGAACGAUCUCUCGGCCGCGUUCGAUGCGCUGAUCAUCCCGUCGGCCCCCGUCUGGGCCAACAUGGCCCCGCUGGACCCGCGAUCCUGCAUCCGCACAUCAGUGUUCAAGAACUUGGACUCGCGAAUCCCGCGCGUUCAGAUGCCGCGGAUAGAUAUGACAUUCUCGCCGAACGGUGCGACUGUGAAGGCUAUAGGCGCCCCUGGUGUCAGCCGCCCUUCGCAAUCGAUGUCGCCCAAGAGUGAGAAGGCCAAGGUCGCAAAGUACCACCACGACCCCAAGACGUGCUGGAUCUGCAAGAGUUCUAAAACCCCGGAGAAGAAGCGCGCGCUGCACCGCUAUCACGAGAAGCGGACGCGCCGCAACUGGAAACGGGGGCCUCGGUACACUGGACGCAGCAACGUCGCGACGUCACGUGUGCGCAACGGCGGCCGGUUCAUUUGCACGACACGGUGGGUCUGAUUUUCUUCUUGAGCCUGCGGGCUCGUUUGAUUUGGUUUGAUUUUUUUAGCUUUUCUUUUUUCUGGAGCUUCUCUCCAAGCAGUUUUUCUUUCAGUUGGUUUUACCUUCCUUAAUAACGCAAGUAAUGCAUUGGCAUCGUAUUCGAGACAA